GAAGCUGUGUGCCAGACGUAACAACACUCGGUUUAACGUAACUGAGGAAGGAUCUCUGGGAUUAAAAAAAGACAAAGUAAAAGCUGAGCGAAGAUUGAAAUACACAAGAACAGAGACUUUAAAUCGCCAUAUUAUAAUAAGAACUUGAAACCGUGUAUGAGGACUUUGAAACGGAGUUUUCUAGACGACAGACUUGGAAGUUGGAGCAGAGCGGAAAACAUCCAGCUCAGCUGAGCCUGCGCUACCUUCACUAGCCACACGCUAACCCAGCUAGCAAAGUGUAACAGAGCUGUGAACUUGCUUUCAAAUCACGGAACUUGAGAUCCAGUCACAAGCUCAGGCUCUGUGAGAAACCAGGGACUUGCUUAAUGAAUUAUGUCUGCCACAAGCAUUGACCCUCAGAGAUCAAAGGGACAAGCAUCAAAAGUGCAAAAUGGUUCAUUGCAUCAGAAGGAGACUGUCCAUGACAACGACUUUGAGCCAUACCUCACUGGUCAAUCGACUCAGAACAACAGUUACCAGUCCAUCACCGACCCCUACAUGUCCAGCUACUAUGCACCCUCCAUUGGAUUUCCUUACCCCCUCAGUGAAGCUCCUUGGUCCACAGGUGGAGAUCCACCCAUUCCAUACCUCACUCCAUAUGGACCCUUGAGCAAUGGAGACCAUCACUUUAUGCCGGACACCGUGUUUGGCCAGCCUGGUGGCCUGGGAAGUAGUAUCUAUCCUCACCGAUUUAACUUUUUACCUGAAAACCCUGCUUUCUCUGCUUGGGGAACAAGUGGAUCCCAGGGGCAGCAGACACAAAGUUCAGCUUACGGUGGCAGCUACAGCUAUCCUCCCAGCUCUCUAGGAGGCACACUGGUACCUGAUGCUCAGACAGGCUUUCACGGUGACACCCUCAAUAAGGCCCCUGGUAUGAACAGCCUGGAACAGGGCAUGGUUGGAUUGAAGAUUGGAGGUGAUGUUACUGGCCAGGGGUCAGGAGUAAAGGCUGUAGGAUCUGUGAUUGGUGGAGCUGCAGUGACAGCUACAGGGAAUGGAGCUACACCUAUUGGACUGCCCCCACCCAAACCCACUUCUUGGGCAGCAAUUGCCAGUAAGCCAGCCAAACCUCAGCAGCUGAAAGCCAAGGUGAAGCCAGGGAUGCCCAAUCCAGGAAUAGCUCUGCCUCCCCCACCCAUCAAACACAAUAUGAACAUUGGAACCUGGGACAAGGCCCCAGUAACUAAAGUACCCACAGCUCCACUGCAACAACAGCCUCUUGGCCUCCCUCAUGCCAUGCCACCUCAGGCUCCCAUGCAGCAAGGACCCAUGCAGCCUCCCCCUCCCCAAUCUUUGGUGCAACCUCAGAUGCAACCAAUGGCCUUACAGCCCCAGCCGCCCCAUCACCAACACCAUCAGCCACUGCCUCAAACCUACCAAAACCACACCCAGCCCCCAUCCCAGACCCGUUGGGUUGCACCACGCAACCGCAACCAAGGAUAUGGACAUGGUGGCCCUGGGCAAGAUGGUAGUGGUAUGAUGGGUGUCGUUGGUAGUGGUCACAGUGGCAUCCUAAUCUCUGCUAACCAGGGUCCUGGUGGAGAAUCUCACCCUGUUCUCGAGAAGCUGCGUGCCUCCCACAGCUACAAUCCCAAGGACUUUGAAUGGAACCUGAAGAAUGGCCGUGUUUUCAUCAUAAAGAGCUAUUCUGAGGACGAUAUCCAUCGCUCCAUCAAGUAUUCCAUCUGGUGCAGCACAGAGCACGGCAACAAACGCCUGGACUCAGCUUUCCGGGCCAUGAAUGGGAAAGGCCCUGUGUACUUGCUGUUCAGUGUCAAUGGCAGUGGUCAUUUCUGUGGUGUGGCAGAGAUGCGUUCACCAGUGGACUAUGGCACCAGUGCUGGUGUGUGGGCACAGGACAAAUGGAAGGGGAAGUUUGAUGUAGACUGGUUGUUUGUUAAGGAUGUGCCGAAUAGCCAGCUCCGCCACAUCCGCCUGGAGAACAAUGACAACAAACCAGUGACCAACUCCCGUGAUACCCAGGAGGUUCCUCUGGAGAAGGCCAAGCAGGUGCUCAAGAUCAUCGCUACCUACAAACAUACCACCUCCAUCUUUGAUGACUUUUCCCACUAUGAGAAGCGGCAGGAAGAGGAAGAGGAGGUGCGCAAGGUGGGUUUUUGGACGUUUGAACCUGCUCCAAUACAGAACCGUUCUCGGUUGGAUCAGGAGCGCCAAAACAGGAAUAAACAAUAGAAAACAUUUGUUCUUGGCUUGAUCAACAGUUACACUAGGACAUUUGAUUAAAGAGACAGAAGAAAAAUAAAAUGCAAAUACAACAAAGCCCUUCAUGUGUUUUCUAUUUAAUCCUAGUGAAUCUCUGCCAUCGUCACGACUUGUGCUCUUUUUUUUUGCCCAAUGUACCACUGACUUGUGCAGGGAUAACAAGCUGAUUUAAUGUGUUCCCUAUAGCCACCACAUCACCCUGUAGUUUUUGUUUAAAGAAAGCAUUUUUUUCUUCCCGUUCUCAAAAUUUCAUGCUCUUCUUUCAUUGGAUGUUUUUUGUUUGUUUUUGUUUUUGUUUUUGUCUCUCACACACUGGCCCCAGACCUCUCCUCUUCCAAUCUAAUCAGGGUUUGACUGCACCAUGGACAAUAAAAUCUGCCACUUUAUAUUUCAGUACAAUCAGGAAUGGAUCUGUCCUGCCCCUGUUUGCCCAUUUGGGGGCACCAUUGCCAUGUUUCGGAGAUUUUACUGUGCCAACAGGGUUGGAGGAUCCCAAAGGCAGUGUCAGACUUGGAACUGUGAGCGAAUAAAACUUCAGUGGUUUAUCUAUUUUUCAUUCAAAUUGACAAAAUCUCUAUUUUUUGGCUUACUACUGACUUUUCAUUUCAGAAGCCUGUUUUCUGGAGCCUUAAUUUGUUUUUUCCGUGAUUAUCAUUACUUUUCAAAAGAACUCAAACAAGUGGCUGCUGGAGAAAUCAGGGAUAGUGUGAAGUCACACGGGACUUGAGACAUUUCAGAGGAGGAAUUGCAAAGGCCUCUGGGAAGGAAAUAACUGAUGUAUCUUUGACAACCAGAACUAUUGAAAUCUGAAAUUGUACUAUUGACAACCCUCACACCCCUGUGCUCUAUUUUACUGAUUUUUAUCUUGAAAGGUUUUUGUAUGUUUAAUGAGGAGAUUGUGCUUGUGUUCACAACCCGGUCUGAGAAUUGUUGUGCCCAUUUUUGAAUUGUUUUAUAAUCAUCACCAUGUAAUGAUGGACCUGCUAUGGUUGAAUGAACUGUUGCUUUGCAUUUUUCUGUUGGACUAAAAGGGGGGAGGGUUCACAUAUUUGUCCACUGUCAUUCUGUCUUAAUCCUCUGUUUUUGUUGUUUUGAAUCUGACUUUGCCAAGUCAUUCAUAUCUGUCGUAAUGCUAAGCUUUAACGUAGGAGCUUAUAUAAUCAUGGAGAAAGCCUAAAAAUGUGUAACCUAAAAAUUAAUGUAACUGAUUUAAUAUCGAGUAAGAAAAAAUAAGAAUGAAAAGUGCUUUCUGUGUGUGUUUUGGUUGUUGCAAAAAAGAAAAAAAUUUACAUUGGAGCCUUUGACUAUGAUACAGUGAUGUAUGUUCACAUAUGCCAUGGAGGAAGAUUUUAUAACAUGUAAAAGAAAAAAAAAGUGAUGCGUGUGCCCAUGCAUGGCAAGUCUGCUGGAAAUGUGAGACUAUUAAUCCUGCAGCUGAAUGUGAGGUGAGUGUGGUAAAGUUUUGGUGAUGGGGCCUUUAAGAACAGUGUCCCCCUGUUUUCUUGCCAGUUUUGAGAACAUUCAAACAUUUAAAAUGACCUUAUUUCCUUCAUUAGUUAAAAAUUUUAAUUUCAGUAUUUUCUGUAUUGCAAGAUGGAGAGAAUAAUGCUGCUAACAAGUAUUGCUGUCUUGUACUUUGUAAGGGAUCUUUACCAAUUUUGUUAAGUUUUAUUGUUUUUAGAGUUUAAACCUUGGUUAACAAGUAUUUCUGUCGACCAGAUAAUCAAAUCUCAGUUUCUCACUUUCUAUUGAAAUAAGUUUGAAAAGAUAUUUCUAAUACCUGCUAAUGAUCACUGGCUAAACUGAUGUUAAUAGUUUGGCCUUUUCGGAUUCUUAGAUAUGUGUGCUCUGCCUUGAUUCUGGUGGACGUAUUGCACUUUGCUGGGGUCACAUCACAAGUAUGACUGUGUGCUUUACAGCAGUUUUACAGAUGGGUGAAGCUGAUCAUACCCUAUAAGCCCCUGACUUUCCCCCUCUUUAGCUGUACUAUUCAAUACGUUGUCAAUACGAGCAAUACAGUGCGACGCUUUUCACAUGUUUGCCUUGGCAGUACCACGCUCUCAGCCAGCGUAGAGUCAGAGGCCAGAAAAUUAAGGAUGCCAUCAAAGACUGAGACAUAGCCACAUCAGUCCUGUCCUCAGGAAGCUAGAAGCGGUUGGAAUUACAGUAUAGGGCAAUACAUGCACGUUGGUAAUUGUCACAAGUUGUUUGCUGUAACAGACACGUCACGAUAGCCAUGAGAGUAAUAUCUAUCAACACACUACGAAAGAAAUGACAAAUAUAAAGUGAUUAUCUUAUAGAAUGCAGUUGUAGUGGGCAUCACUUGUUGAAAAGAUCAAUCUUGGUUUUUCUUUAUUUAGGAAAUCGAGCCUUAAUAAACUGGUCUUUCUGCAA